UUCCAUUUAUCUUUCAAGAAGAAGAAGAAGAAAGAGAAAAAUGGAAGGGGAAAUUCACAAUUUCAUUGUUGUAUGGACUAUUGUCUUAGCAAGUUUAUGUUAUUCUCACACCAUAGCCAAAUUCAUCCCCAAAGGCAAAUCAAGAUUUGUGGCUAUAUUUCCAAUAAUUUGUCUAUUUUUCAUUCUUCCUCUUUAUCUCAUCUCCAUUAAUCUUGGUUGCACUACUUCUUUCUUCAUUGCAUGGCUAGCCAAUUUCAAGAUUCUUCUUUUUGUCUUUGGUAAAGGCCCUUUGUCAUCAACCCCAUCUCUACCACUAUCAACAUUCAUUCCUUUGGCUUGUUUGCCUAUAAAGUUUCAAAAAAAUUCAACUAGUGAUAAUGUUGAAACCACAAAAAAGGCUACAAAUUCAACUUUCAAUUUUGUUACCAAGAUUGCACUUUUAGCCAUUUUGAUAAGGGUGUAUAAUUAUAAAGACAAUUUGCAUCCAAAAAUCAUUCUAUUUUGUUAUUGCCUCCACAUUUACUUUAUGCUAGAGAUCAUAUUGAUCAUGGUUAGCGCCACAGUCCGAAGGGUGAGUCGAGUCGAGCUCGAGCCACCCUUCAAUGAGCCUUACCUAGCUAGCUCACUUCAGGAUUUUUGGGGCAAGAGGUGGAACCUCAUGGUAACCAAUAUACUCCGUCCAACCGUAUAUGACCCUAUACAUUCAAUGGUGGCAGACAGGAUCUCGAGGAAGUGGGCCCCACUUCCAGCUGUGAUCGCAACGUUUUUCGUCUCGGGGCUAAUGCAUGAACUGAUUUUCUACUACAAUGGAAGAUUGAAACCUAAUGGUGAAGUCAUGAUGUUCUUUCUCAUUCAUGGAGUGGCUUUGAGUCUUGAAAUUGUUAUCAAGAAAAUUUUCAAUGGAAAAUUUUUGGUUCCUAGGAUUAUUUCUGGUCCAUUAGCACUUUGUUUUAUAAUUUUCACAAGUUUUUGGUUGUUUUUUCCACCUUUUUUGAGGGGCAAUACAGAGCUUAAAGCAUGUACUGAAUUUAUUGCUUUCUUAGAAUUUAUUAGGUAUGGUAAAUUAAUUAAUCCUACCAGUAUAACUUGUCCACUUCUAUAA